CCCAUUUCCUUUAAUGUGAUCAGCCAACCACCCAUUUCCUUUAAUGUGAUCAGCCAACUUCGCAAGAUUUUUCUAACACAAACAAAAUACUCCCAGAAUUGAAUGAUUUGUUCACCAACUCUUGUAUAGGACUACAAGUCUACAACCACAAGUGGAGUUUGUGAGUGUGAGCUCCACUUCCACAUGUGAGAGGAGUUUGUGGGUGAGUGUGUGUGGGGUUGAAAAUUUCACAGUUACCAUUGCAGGCAUCGUUGUUACCGAAUUGCUCCCGAUCUACAGCCUCCCGAAUUCUCUUCCCUAAUCUCAAGAAAUCACCAUGGAAGCUCUACUCUGCAAGAAAAUCGGCGACCCAACAGUAGUAACCCCAACCUCAUCAGACGACUCCUCCCCACUAACCCUGUCAACCUCCCACCCAAUCCCCCAACUCAACUCCCCAACCGCGAUCAGGGUCCGAGUCAAAGCCACCAGCUUGAAUUACGCCAAUUACCUCCAGAUCCUCGGCAAGUACCAAGAAAAGCCCCCCUUACCCUUCAUCCCCGGCUCCGAUUACUCCGGCCUCGUCGAAUCGGUUGGUCCCGGCGUUUCCAAGUUCAGGGUCGGCGACCCAGUUUGCUCUUUCGCCGCACUCGGGUCUUUCGCGCAGUUUAUCGUCGCCGAUGAGAGUGAAUUGUUUCGGGUACCUGAUGGAUGUGAUCUAGUUGCUGCUGGUGCAUUACCUGUUGCUUAUGGAACAUCACAUGUUGCCUUAGUUCAUAGAGCCCAAUUGACCUCUGGUCAGGUGUUGCUGGUUCUUGGGGCAGCUGGAGGGGUUGGGGUUUCGGCUGUACAAAUUGGAAAGCUUUGUGGUGCCAUUGUUAUUGCUGUUGCCAGGGGAGCAGAAAAGGUGCAGUUUUUGGAGUCUUUAGGUGUUGAUCAUGUUGUUGACUUGACCAAAGGAAGCGUGACAGAAAGUGUCAAGGGUUUCUUAAAGGCGAGAAAGCUCAAAGGGGUGGACGUAUUGUAUGACCCAGUUGGCGGCAAGCUUACUAAGGAAACCAUGAAGUUAUUGAGCUGGGGAGCAAAAAUUCUGGUUAUAGGGUUUGCUAGCGGAGAAAUCCCUGUCAUCCCUGCAAACAUCGCUCUUGUUAAGAACUGGACAAUUCAUGGACUGUACUGGGGAAGCUAUAAAAUACAUAAACCAGCUGUACUGGAAGAUUCUCUGAAGGAACUAUUAUCCUGGUUGACAAGGGGCUUAAUUACCAUCCACAUUUCUCAUACUUACAGCCUCCCAGAGGCCAACCUUGCAUUUUCUGCUCUGAAAGACAGGAAAGUGAUUGGGAAGGUGAUGAUUACAUUCGACGAUGGCAAUAGUGCAAGAUCCAAACUUUAGUCCGGUCCGGUCAGUAUUCAGGAUGAAUUAAGUGGUCUGAAUGUUGAAAUUCAAUGUAAAUUACCGAAGGGAUGUUACAAGAUUAUGGAUAUGGGGAUGAACAAAUAAGAAAAUUGCCGCUCAAUGUUUCAAAGUUCAUGUUUUGAAUCAAAUAAAACGCUGAACUUAUUGGUUA